AGUACAGUAGGGCUUCAUUGCUUAUAAUUCAUGAUUGCAUCCAUAAAUCGUGCAAGCACACAGGAUUAUAGCGACAAAGAUCUACAAAUCGAGGCUUUAAAAAUCCAAGCAAAUGAGCUCUUACUUUGUAAACUCGUUCUCAGGGCGCUAUCCAAAUGGCUCCGACUAUCAGUUACUAAAUUAUGGGACUAACGGCGCUGUGAGCGGUUCCUUCAGAGACCCUGGCACCAUGCACUCCGGGUCUUUCGGCUACAACUACAAUGGCAUGGACCUAACCGUGAACCGCACCAACAACGGCGGCCACUUCGGGGCCGUGAGGGAGGAUGCCCGGGGAUUCGCUCCGGACGCCCGCUACAGACAGACGCCCAACUGCUCGCUCUCGUCUCCAGAGCCGGUGCCGCCGUCGUGCGCCACGGCCAGCCGGGAGCCGCUGGAACUAAAAAGCCCCUCUCCGCCGUCUGACCGGAGCUCGACCUCGAGCGGCAACAAAAACAGCAGCACUCAUUUCACGGAGAUAAAGGACGCCACCGUCGGCUCCGAGACCGAGGAGGGCGCGCACAGCAGCGGCGGCUCCGGCUCGGCUCCCCGGGCGCAGCAGCAGCAGCAGCAGCAGCAGCAGCAGCACCAGGACCCCAACGCCACCUCCUCCACCCCCACAUCAAAUGAUUGCCAAUCGCCACAAAUAUUCCCCUGGAUGCGGAAACUGCACAUAAGCCAUGAUAUGACUGGACCUGAUGGGAAAAGGGCCCGAACCGCGUACACCCGGUACCAGACGCUAGAGCUGGAGAAAGAGUUUCACUUCAAUAGGUACCUAACCAGGCGGCGGAGGAUAGAGAUAGCCCACGCCCUGUGUCUUUCCGAAAGACAGAUCAAAAUCUGGUUUCAGAACCGCAGGAUGAAGUGGAAGAAGGACAAUAAACUGAAAAGCAUGAGUCUUGUAACAGGAGGCAGCGCCUUCCACAACUGAACAACUUUUUUGUUUGUUGGGGGGGAGGAAGAGUCAAAAAAAGAAUAAUUAUAAAAUUUAAAAAACGAAGAAAAAAAAGAAUCCAUGAGUACUGUAAAGCUAUUUGAAAGCGCAGCACCUUCCAGCAUGCUAUUGUGAUAGAAGAAGAAGUAUUCUGUGGUCUGAAAAAUGCCAUUUUUAGUUCCCUGUUGUUGUAUUAUGAUAGCUUAGAUGUCCUAUUUGGAAAAAUAAGAUGUAAAUAUUACUGGGGGUAUUAUUGUCCAUGCUUUCUGCUCUCUCUCUCUCCCUCUAUCUCUCUCUCUGAAGUGUUUCAACUUGAGCUCUUUAUUGUGACUUCUUGACGGUCUAACAGGAGUAAAUUCAUUGUACAGUUCAAAAAAAAAGAAAAGAAAAAAGAAAAGUUUCCAAACCAUAUGCUGCUCUUCAUUGAAUGUAAUGUAUCCGGGGGCCAUUCUAAAGCGCUUUAGUGUAACUUUUACUGCUAUUUUUGAUCUUGUGGCCAAAAUCCAUAAAGAAGUUUCAAGCCAAUGUGUAGCUUUAGGACAUUUUGUGCAUCUGUUAUUAUUAUUAUUAAUAUUAUUAUUAUGAAUUAAUAAUAUUGUUUAGGAUAAUUAUGAGCAAUGCAAAUGUAUUCAACCUGUCAAUGUGAUAAAUUUUUAGUGCAAAGGGUUAUUCUGUGGAUAGGCAGUGAUGUGAGCUUUUUUCGCCAAUAAGCUUUUUGUAUUUGUAAGUGAACUCAUAGCGCUUGGAAAUAAAAGUUUCUCUCAAUGGCUUUGUCUCGAUUCUGGAUUAUCAAUUAGAGGAAAGAA